AUGAGUGAUCAGGAAUUCGAUCCAAGUGAUUUUGCCUUUCUUUAUUUUGCAAUUUCUAUUAUAAUAGUUGCCAUGUUACCAUUAACUUAUAGCUUAAUCAAACAACCUUUUCAAUCCAUAAAAUUAAAUCCUAAAUACAAAAAAGCUCCAGCCACAGCAAAAAAGGCUAUUGAAAUUGAUAUCCAAAGGAAUUUAUUCUAUAAGAAAAAAGGAUUCUAUUGGAAAUUGUUCUUUUGGAUCUUAUUAGUGAUGAUCUUCAUAAACACGUAUUAAUAAUUACCUGAUCCAUAAUUAAUGAAAGGAUUUGAUCCUUAUGAAGUAUUGGGUGUUAAAUCAUAUACACCUAUUGAUUAAAUUAAAAAAGCUUAUAGAUAAUUAGCAAGAGAAUAUCAUCCAGAUAAACAUCCUGAUGAAACUCAAAAAUACUCAAAAUUAUUUGAUACAAUCACAAAAGCUUAUUAAUGUCUUACAGAUCCAAGAAAGAUAGCUAAUUGUAAAAAAUAUGGUAAUCCUGAUGGUUUUACAGGAUUUUAAAUUGGAAUUGCCUUACCUGAAUUUGCAGUAUCAAAAGAUAAUCAAGGAUUUUUAUUAGCUGGUUUAUUUUUCAUCUUCAUAAUGAUAAUACUAAUAACAUUUUGUACAGCAUUUUCAGGAAUGGGUAAAUUUGAUGUAAAUGGAAUUUUGAUGUCAAAUAGAAAACAUUUAGCUGAAAGAAUAGCUGCAGGAAAAAAUAAAUCAUUUGAAGAAUGUUUAGAAACUAUUUCAUAAUGUGAAGAGAUUGAUAAUAAAGAUUUUAUAAAUACUAUUCAAUGUGAACAUGCACCAGGAAUUCUAUAUAUGAGUAUAGAGAUAUGUUUACAAAUACUUACCCAAUUAUGGGCACAUUAUGAAUUAAAGCAAAUUAGAGAUAUUACUGAUUAGAUAAUUGUUUAAAUUGAAUCUAUACCUAAAAUUAUUCAAGUAUUUAUUAUUUAAUAUAUACAUAUUAGUAUAAUUCUAAUUUAAAUCAUCCAGGAAAACCAAAAUUAGAUGCCAAUUUAAAAACUUCAGAAGAAACUUUAACUGAAGAUGAUUAUAGAAAUACUGAUUUGUUUGAAAUUAAAUGUAAUUUAAGUGGAUUGAUAGAUUAAUUUAUUUAAAGUCAAACAUUUCCUGUUUUGAAAUAGAAUUAAUGGAAUAUUUUGUUGUUUUAUAAUAAUAUGAUUAUUGGAUCAAGAUAAGUAAAAGAGGAUUAAGAAAGUAAAUCAGUUGUCUUUCGUAUAAUACCAGCUUAAUUUGAAUAGAAAAAUAUUACUGAAUUUGAAUUUAGAGUAGUUGCCUAUGCUGAUAGUUAUCAAUUAAAAUUAGAAUAGAAAAUUAAUUUAAAAUGUUCUUUAUAUUAAGAAGAAUUCAAGAAGAAAAGUAAUAAAUAAAAAGAUGAAUGA